CCGCGUGUGUUUACAUCCGGCCGGGGUGCGUCGCCGCCGCCGCCGCCGCUGCAGCCACCGACGCCUGAGGUCGUUCGGCCCGGGUCCGAGCUGCCCGCAUCAUGGACACCAGCGACCUCUUCGCCAGCUGCAGAAAGGGGGAUGUGGGCCGAGUGCGGUACCUGCUGGAGCAACGGGACGUGGAGGUGAAUGUGCGGGACAAGUGGGACAGCACCCCUUUGUACUAUGCUUGCCUGUGUGGGCACGAGGAGCUAGUACUCUAUCUUCUGGCCAAUGGAGCUCGUUGUGAGGCCAACACCUUUGAUGGGGAACGCUGCCUCUAUGGAGCACUGAGUGACCCCAUUCGCCGGGCCCUGCGUGACUAUAAGCAGGUGACAGCCUCCUGCAGGAGGCGGGACUACUACGACGACUUCUUGCAGCGGCUUCUGGAGCAAGGCAUCCAUAGCGAUGUGGUUUUUGUCGUGCAUGGGAAGCCCUUCCGGGCACAUCGCUGUGUCCUGGGUGUGCGCAGUGCCUACUUUGCCAACAUGCUGGACACCAAAUGGAAGGGCAAGAACGUCGUGGUCCUGAGGCAUCCACUGAUCAACCCCGUGGCCUUUGGGGCCCUGCUGCAGUACCUGUACACAGGCCGCCUGGACAUCGGUGUGGAACACGUUAGCGACUGUGAGCGCCUGGCCAAGCAGUGCCAGCUCUGGGACCUGCUCAGUGACCUGGAGGCCAAGUGCGAGAAGGUGUCCGAGUUCGUGGCAUCCAAGCCAGGCACGUGCGUGAAGGUGCUGACUAUCGAGCCCCCACCAGCAGACCCCCGGCUUCGGGAGGACAUGGCCCUGCUGGCCGACUGCGCCCUGCCCCCUGAGCUCCGUGGUGAUCUCGGGGAGCUGCCCUUCCCUUGCCCUGACGGCUUCAACAGCUGUCCCGAUGUCUGUUUCCGGGUGGAAGGUUGCAGCUUUCUCUGCCACAAGGCCUUCUUCUGCGGCCGCAGUGACUACUUCCGGGCCCUGCUGGAUGACCACUUCCGAGAGAACGAGGAGUUGGAGGCCUCAGGCGGCCUCCCAGCCAUUACCCUCCAUGGCAUCUCGCCCGACAUCUUCACGCAUGUGCUCUACUACAUCUACAGUGACCACACAGAGUCAGAGGGGGCCUUAGUCGGUUCCAGAGCAGGAAGGAGUGGUGGGAGCCACACCAUGAGCAUAUGCCACCUGGGGUCCCCGAGUUCUCCAGUUGGAGGGUGGGUAGGGGGAGUAACCCUGAAUUACAACAGUGGGGUACCCUGAGCCUCCUGCCUCUAGAUAGCAGCCCACGCCCAAGGUUCUAGAUUUCUGUGCCCUGUUCUUUUGUGUCCCUGGGUCUUCACCUGCCCCAGAGCAUCCCUAACGUGUGGGCAACACGGGCAGCCAGAGCUAGUGCCAAAGGGUUGUGUGUGUGUGUGUGUGUGUAAAAGGCCACUGUGACAAACGAUAAAUAGAGCACCCACAUCUGGUAACUUAGAGAGAAGUUCGUUUCUCCUUCAUGUCUGAGGUGCGUGCACCAAGUGCGUGCUCUGGGACCCAGGUUGUCCCCUCCAUCUUGUCCCUGUGACAUGGCCUAGGGCAGGGGUCUGCAGACCUCCAGGGACCAGGUGUAAGUGCCUUGUGCACGAGCAUCCUUACCCCGACCAGUCCACGCUGCCGUCACGCCAAGCACCCUCUAGCUGGGGUAGGAGUGAGUGGGUGUGGCUGUGUUCCACUCACGCUUCCUUGCGAAACAGAGCGGACUGGACCUGGUCCUCAGCACCUGAGGUGGCGUUCUGCUCUGCAUCUGGAGGUCGGGGUAUGGGCUGACUCAUGUGUCAGGAGGAAGAGGAAGACAAGGAAAGCAGUUUCCUUUGUCAUAGGCCAGGUGGAGGCCACACACGCCAGUUCUGUGGCUCUGGAGAGAACUCACUUGCCAAGAGUGCAGGCUGGGACAUGCGGCCUCUGGUCAGGAGGAGGGCGCAGGAGACCGGCCAGGCUGUGAUGUUAGCCCUGUGCUCGCUACACGUAGCACCCCCAACCCUAAGGCCAGCAGCCACUGCACUCAGACACUCUUUCCGGCCUCCAGUCCUCCUGCCUCCUCGACUUCAUUCCUCCUGUGGCACAGCUCUUUGGCCCAUGCCAUCUGGGAUCCAUGAUCCGCCCCCCGCCCAGUUCCUGAGGGAGCUUUGCCACUGAGGACAGCUGUUAAUGGCUGGAAGUGUGGCCUUGGGCUGCAGACCUGGUUUGACACUGGGGUUAGCCGUCCACAAGUUGUGUGUUACCUCAGAGCCGGUUACUCAGCUGCUCUGUGCCUUAGUUUUCCCCGUCUAGAGAGCAGGGUCGCUGAUAGCUGUUCUCUUUCAAGGGCUGAUGGGGAGGGAUAUGUGUGUCCCAGGCAAAGAGCCUGACCUGGCGGAGCAGUGCGUGUGUGGCCUGGACGUGCGAGCAGAGGUCCUGCCCACCCUGUCUCCAGCCUGCUGCCUGUGCCUGUCCGAAGUCUGGAUGGGAGCUGAGCCCACUCCCAGCGUGCGGUCCCGGUGUUGGGGGUGGGGGAGCAGGUAAAGAGUUACUGUACCGCCUUAGUGGGGGGACCCCUGCCUCAGUUUAGAGGAGCACCUUCUGUUUUCUGACAGUCUUUUGAGGCGGGCAUGGUUGUGCCUCCCAGAGAGGAGGAAACAGGCACACAGAGAUGAAGUGACUUGCCUAGGAGGGUCCCACAGCUAGAAUUUCAGAAGACGUUCUGUGUGAUUCACAGCUCAGCUUCUUUCCCCUGCUGAGGCCCUGCUGCUUUUGGCCUGCAAGCCUGCCUGGGGCCCGGGAACCCCAGUCCCCUUCAGCCUUUCUGGUCCCACAGUGCCUGCAGCAGUCUGGGCCCUGUGAGGUGUGGGUUGGAGCUCCUGAUCUGCCUUGCUGCCAGGGUCCUGAGUGGCCUUGGUGACCUUGGGGCACACACUCCCUCACCCCUUCUUUCA